AUGGAUUUCAAAACUUCUACAUAUUGGCCUGAUAUAUGGAAACCUACCUUAUAUUUAAAGCUUAGACAAUCAAGCUCCCCAAUACCCUAUGAGUUAAACACCAUUGACAAUGGUACUAUAAUUACAUUAAAUUCGUCUGUUAACCAAGGAUCUUUGGGCGGUUCCAAUCAAUAUAGAUUUGAUAAAAUCUUUGAACCCGAAAAACCUGAUGAUGAGAUAAAUUCUACCCUUUCAUUUGCUUGCAUUAACGAUUUAUUCAAAGGCUAUAAUUCUACCUAUAUUUCAUAUGGACAAACAGGGACAGGUAAAACUUAUACUUUGUAUGGUACUGCAUUUAAUGACACACCAACCGAUCUAGAUUCCAAAAAUAUCAAUACUAAUAAAAAUGUGAAGAAUGACUCUAAUAUCAGUUCAAACUCCAACAUUCAAACUUCAGCAUCGAGCAAUAAGAGUGCAAAUAGCAUACUUCAAAAAAAGAAUUAUGGCUUAAUCUCAAAAGUAGGAAAUGACUUAUUUGAAAUGAUUGAUCAGAUCAGAGCCAUACGGAAAGGUAUCACAUUUUUAGUAAAUAUCUCAUUCGUGGAAGUAUAUAAAGAAGAAGUUUAUGAUCUGUUACAGCAUGACGAUACAUUGUCAAAUAAAAAACUGAGCUUACACCAUGAUAUGGAUAAAUAUCAAGGGUUAGAUAUUAUUAAGAAUGUCAAAAGCGUAACAAUAUUAGAUCGAAACGAAUUGAAUGACCUUAUAGACUCGAGUAGAAGAUUAUUACAUUCUUGCCAUAAUAAUGGGAUCCGAUCAAGUACAAUUUUAAGAAUCAAACUGUUACAGCUCGAUGAAGAUGAGGAUCUGGAGACCCAGUCCACGAUUUGUUUUGUUGAUCUAGCGGGAUCAGAUCGUGCAUCAAAGGAUAUUGAGAAAGGGAUUACGAGAGAAGCAGCUUCAAAAUAUAAUAGAGUCAUGGACUCGUUAAAUAGUAUGGUUUACACAUUAGCAAAUUCAGAAUCUAUCUCAAUUAAUAAAUCCAUUUAUAGAAAUUCUCAUUUAACAAGAAUAUUGUAUGAUUUAUUGGCUGGUAAUCAUAAGACAAAUUUAAUUUUUUCAUGCUCAUUAAAUAAAGACGAUGAAUAUGAAACAUUCUCCACUCUUGGAUUUUCAUCGUAUGCAAGUAGUAUGUCCAAUCAGAUUAAAAUAAAUCAAACAGCAAUUGGUGGGGAUAAGAAACGUGCUAUCUUAACUGAUGAUUGGAACCUAAUGGAGGAGUACUAUCGUAAUAGAAUUGAAUUGUUAAAAGAUGAAUUACAUGAAGUAAGUAUGCAAAACGUCAUGAUGACCCGUGGGAUGCAAACACUAGAGCAAAGUGAAAGGGAAAAUGAAAUCUUAAGAGAUCAAUUAAAUUCAUUAGUUCAAUUAAUAAAAACACCUCAUUCAGUUAAAGGAUCAAAAAAUAUCGCACGUGAAAAAAAAUUCACAGAUGAGACAAUCAUUAACUCCGUAAUGGAACAAGUAGCUGCCAUUGCAGAUUUACAGUCUGUCAAUAACGAUAAAGAAUUAGAAAAUAUUAAUUUUACAGAAAGCCAUAUAAUGAAGAUCAGCAUGAAAGAUAAACCGAAUUAUGUUGAACAAUUACAUGAUACAGAAUCCAAGAUGUAUCGAGCAUUAACCGACUUUUCUAAAAAUCAAAUACUAUCUGAUAAUAUAAAUUUCAAUGAUAUCAAGGGAAAUGACACUUACUUAAAGAAAAGUAGUAAUAAAAAAGAGACUUCAUCACUCAAGAAUAAUGAUAGUUUAGACAAGCUAGUUAUACCGAAGACAAGGACAAAGAAUACAUCAGAUGAUACCAAUAACAGUGAUAGCAGCAAAAGCAAUAACUCUGCAGGAGAUGCAAGAAGGGUUAAAAGUGAACGAGGUUGGAGCUUUUUCCGUUCUAAAAAGAGCGCAAAGAGAUCAGUAACAGUUUCUGUGGAUGCUCCAGAUAACUCUGAACCUGAAAGCGAUCCUGAUGCUAGAAUUGAACCUUCGCCUGUUCAGAGCGAACUACAAUUAAAGAUGCUUAAAAUUAGUGCAGGUUUAAGUCAUGUAUAA